UUCUGAAUUUUGUGAUAUCGUGUGUUUCUUACAUUGUUAGAUGAAAGAUCAAUAUUUGUGUUGAAACUGUCUUAUAGUAUCGGUUGAUUAUCCAUUUUGCUGAAAACUGGAUUAGGUAUCGCUUAAGAUCACCAUGUUAUCAUUGCGGAAUGGAGCGGCGUUUUCUUUGACGGCACUGUGGCGGGCAUCCUACCAAAUGGCAAGAUUCGCUUGCACGACGGCGUCGGCGCAUGAUAUCUUCCCUGACGAUUUGAAAACUUUCGUGUUUCUUCCACGAAUUCCGCUACCUCCAAAAACCCUGCGUGGAUACGGUCUCCCUUUUUCCAAGGAAUCCUGCCAUCGAUUGCGCAGUGCAUACCAGCACCGUCACUUCCAUUGUGGCUUACGAAGCUUUGCACCGGGGACACAUGGUGCGGAUAUCAGCAGGAAGACUGAGAAUAAUCGAGAUUCAUCUGUUCAGGAAGGUGUUUGGAAACAGCAUACUUUCGCGCAUCCAAUUCUCCGAUAUAAUAGCGACGAAAUGACAUACUGCAUUCUUCGCGAACUCUAUGAUUUAACUGGUUUGCAUUUGGACAACCUACGAAAACUGCCGAAUGUUACGGAAGUUUACGUCCACAAUAGCGACUACUUUAAUCGCGUUGUUGACCGUAUCGUCGAAUGGCCAGACAGGACCCUGCUGCUGGCUGGUUCACCAGGGAUCGGCAAAUCUUCCGCAGCGUUAAUCAGUGCAAUAAAGAUGAUUCCAGAGCACGACAUCACUUGGAUGCAUUUUCCUAUUGGUGGACCUGUAUACAUUGUGAAGUUUCAAAAAGGCGUUCUGGGAAAAGUUUUAUAUCUGCGUGUUCGCAAGAGAGAUUUUGUUGAAUUUCUGGAACAUCAAAUACAAAUCCAACCCCAAGUUAUUGUCAUGGAUGGGCUAACAGAUAAGGUGGACGGAUUAAAUUCUAUAAUGGACUCGCUGGUUCCGUUUACUGAAUCGCACGAGAAUAAUCGCUGCCUUGUUGCUUCGUCAUUAGCUGCGUCUAAAGUAUUCGAGCGCGCGGAAUUUUUUCCUUUAACUUUGCUCGCUCCUACCUUGGACGAAUAUAAUACCGCCGUUUCAAAGGAAACGUUCCUUGCGUCCGUUUGGGACAUGCUGCUGGACGAUUUUAAAUAUCGCCCAAGCGAGAAAGCGAAAGUGACCAAGGAGGGAGCUCUACUUUAUUAUCAACGCCGCUUCGACAUGGAUCAGCGAUUUCCUGAAAUUGAUCUGGAUGAAAAAUUUGAAUUAAAGAUGAAUGUGGCAAAUGGCAAGCGACUAGUCAAAGAGAAGUGGCACUUUGCAGGCCACAGCUGGCGUUAUACUUUUUACAGGAGCGUGAAUCAGAUUAAGUAUGACAUUGCCAGCGCAGUGAAUUCUGUUAAAUCCGUUGACGAACUUUGCGAUUAUCUAAACACGGGAGUUGGGAAAACGAACGAUGAUAUACGGAACCGCCUGGUCUUCGAUUGCAGUUCCGGAUUCCGUUCGAUUGUUAGCUCUUAUGCCGUGGAAGUGUUAAGUAUGGAGCGCGGACCAGCCGUGUUGGACAGGCUGCAAAAAUAUAUAGGCCACCUCUCUGGGCGCGGAUAUAUUUUUGAGUGCAAAUUUUUCGCCAGCAUUAAAUUUGGACAACUACGCCUAAAAGAUGCCAUUGGCAACGUUAUCCUGAAAGACGAACUGCCUGGUAAAGUUUUCAAAGCCGACUGCGAAGAAUUUGGAGGGAUAUACGAUUUGGAGGAUGUCGGAGAGAAUAAGAAUUUAUGGGGUGAAAGCGGAGAAUCUUACUGGAUAAAGCCAAAGAGUAAACAACAGGGAGGCUUCGAUGCGGUUCAUCUUAAUGAGCAGAAAGGAGUGAUUCGCUUUUUUCAAGUUACGGUUCAGAGUCAUACACACAUUUUCAAACCGGAUUAUUUUCUCAACUUUGGGGAUACAUUAAGAAUCUUAGGAAUCCCAAUCAAACACGCCGAAAUCAUCUUCGUUCUCGAUUCUGAUCCGAGUGUGUUUCGUCUGCCGUACAUGCCUGCCCCUCUAUCAGCAGAUUUUCCAGAAUAUCCGUUUCCGCUUAAUGAGAAUAAUUUUCCCGAUGUGAAGAUCUAUGCACUACAAAUGGAUAAGUUGAAGUUUCCCGAACUUACUGUUAAACUGUGACAGGAAAUUCGACUGCGAAAUUUAUUGAUGGACUUAGAUACACUGGGAUACGGCCACUUAUCCCCGGAGGGCCUGAAUACCCUGCUCUUACAGGCUGCUGGUCCGGAUGCGCUGGAGUACGAAGAAUUAACG